AUGUCUGAAAGCAAGCGGGUAGAGCCAGUGGUGUCGAACCUGAUUCAGAGGUUCGACAGAAUCUCUAAUGCUGGUGUCUUCAUCCCGCGUGGUUGGUUCCCCAUUGUCAGGCUCGUCUUGGUGUUGUUGCAGAUCCUGAGACUCCAGAGGUGGAAGCCCAAUAUCCGUAGAGAUGCUCCUCAAUGGGUCAAGUGGCAAUUGUCUAUUGCUAGCAAGGAUUUUGUUAACAGCGGCAUGGAGCAUCUGCAAGUCUUCUACCACCCUAGUCCUGUGAGCAAGCGUUAG